AUAAAAAGGUUCGUCUCUCAAAUAUUGGCCGUAUUUUAUAAAGAGAAAGCGAAAGAGUAAACGUGUGUUGCAUCCCGUGAGCAUUUACUUUCUUUUAUAAUAAUUAUUGGAUUCAAAUAAAAUAAAAAUUGAUAAAUUCUGGUGGUGAAAUUACACUAUCAAAAUGCAGAUAUUUGUGAAGACUCUUACUGGCAAAACAAUAACUUUAGAAGUUGAACCUUCUGAUACAAUUGAAAAUGUUAAAGCAAAGAUACAAGAUAAGGAAGGCAUUCCCCCAGAUCAACAGCGGCUGAUCUUUGCUGGAAAACAAUUGGAAGAUGGUCGCACACUUUCUGAUUAUAAUAUUCAGAAGGAAUCAACUUUGCAUUUAGUAUUGCGUCUCAGGGGUGGUAUGCAGAUUUUUGUCAAGACAUUGACAGGCAAAACAAUCACAUUAGAAGUGGAGCCAUCAGACACUAUUGAGAAUGUGAAAGCUAAAAUCCAAGACAAAGAAGGAAUUCCACCUGACCAGCAGAGACUUAUUUUCGCUGGAAAACAGCUGGAAGAUGGUCGCACACUUUCGGAUUACAAUAUCCAGAAAGAAUCUACAUUGCACUUAGUUUUGCGCCUCCGCGGUGGCAUGCAGAUUUUCGUAAAGACAUUGACCGGCAAGACAAUCACAUUGGAAGUGGAGCCAUCAGACACUAUUGAGAAUGUAAAAGCAAAAAUCCAAGACAAAGAAGGAAUUCCACCUGACCAGCAAAGAUUAAUUUUUGCUGGUAAGCAGCUAGAAGAUGGUCGUACGCUUUCAGAUUACAAUAUCCAGAAGGAAUCUACAUUGCACUUAGUCUUGCGUCUCCGUGGUGGUAUGCAGAUUUUCGUUAAGACAUUGACAGGCAAAACAAUCACAUUAGAAGUUGAGCCAUCAGACACUAUCGAGAACGUAAAAGCGAAAAUACAAGACAAGGAAGGUAUUCCCCCAGACCAGCAGAGACUUAUUUUCGCCGGGAAGCAACUAGAAGAUGGUCGUACGCUUUCAGAUUACAAUAUCCAGAAGGAAUCGACAUUGCAUUUAGUGCUUCGUCUAAGAGGUGGUAUGCAGAUUUUCGUAAAAACAUUAACAGGCAAAACAAUCACAUUGGAAGUGGAGCCAUCAGACACUAUUGAAAAUGUGAAAGCGAAAAUCCAAGAUAAGGAAGGCAUUCCACCAGACCAGCAAAGAUUAAUUUUCGCUGGAAAACAGCUGGAAGAUGGUCGCACACUUUCAGAUUACAAUAUUCAGAAAGAAUCUACAUUGCACUUAGUUUUGCGCCUCCGUGGUGGUAUGCAGAUUUUCGUUAAGACAUUGACAGGCAAAACAAUCACAUUGGAAGUGGAGCCAUCAGAUACUAUUGAAAAUGUGAAAGCGAAAAUCCAAGAUAAGGAAGGCAUUCCACCUGACCAGCAGAGACUUAUUUUCGCUGGCAAACAGCUGGAAGAUGGUCGCACACUUUCAGAUUACAAUAUUCAGAAAGAAUCUACAUUGCACUUAGUUUUGCGCCUCCGUGGUGGUAUGCAGAUUUUCGUAAAGACAUUGACCGGCAAGACAAUCACAUUGGAAGUGGAGCCAUCAGACACUAUCGAGAACGUGAAAGCGAAAAUACAAGACAAGGAAGGUAUUCCCCCAGACCAGCAGAGACUUAUUUUCGCCGGGAAGCAACUAGAAGAUGGUCGCACACUUUCUGAUUAUAAUAUCCAGAAGGAAUCUACAUUGCAUUUAGUGCUUCGUUUGAGAGGUGGUAUGCAGAUUUUCGUAAAAACAUUGACAGGCAAAACAAUCACAUUGGAAGUGGAGCCAUCAGACACUAUUGAGAAUGUGAAAGCGAAAAUCCAAGACAAAGAGGGUAUUCCACCUGACCAGCAAAGAUUAAUUUUUGCAGGAAAACAACUUGAAGAUGGCCGCACAUUGUCCGACUAUAAUAUUCAAAAAGAAUCUACUCUACAUUUGGUUUUGAGGCUUAGGGGUGGAAUUCAUUAAAUUUGCAAAUUGGGAAUAAUAAACAACUAUGAUUUCUGA